AUGUUGAGACAAGUGACACGACAAUUAUGUGAGGCGUUGAAUUGGAUAUUUACUCAACAUAAUAUUUUACAUCGAGAUAUCAAACCAGGAAACAUUCUCGUACGUGAUUACGACUUGUCCACUGAAACCAUUCAAGUGGCAUUGGCAGAUUUUGGAUUAUCCAAAUCGAUCGAUCUCCUCACCACUCAUGGUUCUCGACCUGGAACAUUGUUAUUUAUGGCUCCUGAAUUAAUUCAUUCCAAACAUUCCAAUCAAGAAAUUGCACCUUUUUCUGUGCAUAGUGACAUGUUUGCACUUGGAGUGACGCUGUUUCAAUUGAUGACUUGUAACACGACAUUGGCAUUGGCUCAAUUCUGUAUGGAAGGUGAAGAUAUGAAGAAAUUUCUGAAAAAGAAGUUGAUUCAAGUGGAAAGUUUGAAAGAUGCGACGACGACAUCGUAUUCAGAAGAAUUUAUUGACAUUGUUGCGAGAAUGUUGAUGUUGGAUCCUAAUGAAAGAAUUACAUUGCGAGAAGUGCUUACUUGA